CGGGAAAUGAAAAUUAACUGGCCUGGACUCGGGCCGGGAAGUCUCGAUCCCGUUCCGCUCUCUACUUUUCGGUAUCCGAUUUUUAGUACACAAAUAUACCUAACUGAAAAAAAAUGUUGAUACUUAUCGGGCACCAAAAACAAGGAAGAAGGUAAGAGGAGGGGAAGCGGGGAAGACGGGAACAAAGCCUCUUUCUUUGUCCUCUUCUUCCUUAAAACCCUUAAAUUGACUUUUCUUUUUUAGUUUAUUUUCUUUAAAAUUCUUUUAACUUCUAAACAUCAAAGAUGUUUUCUUCAAACCGCUACGACUUGUUAAUUUACGGAGCCUCUGGUUUUACAGGCCAAUAUGUGCUCGAAACUUUUGUUAAGAGCGAGGAAUAUGGCAAACUUUCAAUUGCUAUAGCUGGUAGAAGCUCCAAAAAAUUGCAAGAGACACUGGCCAAGGUCGGGAAGUUGACAGAUAAGGAUUUGUCCAAAAUUCCGAUAAUAAUUGCUGACAAUGAGCAUGAGGACCAACUCGUUCAGAUGGCCAAGCAAGCGAAAGUUAUUGUCAACGUUGUUGGACCGUAUCGUCUUUAUGGUGAAGCUGUUGUUAAGGCUGCUGUGGAAAAUGGUUCCAGCCACGUUGAUAUCUCUGGCGAGCCUGCUUGGAUUGAGUCAAUGCAGAUGAAAUAUUCUGAACAGGCUAAAGAGAAGGGAGUUUUUAUUGUUAGCGCUUGUGGUUGGGAUUCUAUCCCUUGUGAUAUGGGAAUGGAAUUUUUGAAGAAAAACUUUGAUGGGACUUUGACUUAUGCUGAAACUUUUGCAAAGAUUAAUACUGGAGAAUCCGGUUAUUCUUUCAAUGCCGGCACUUAUCAAACACUCAUUCUCGGCAUUUGGAAAGCUAAGGACGACGGACUUGGACGUAUUCGUAAAGCUAUAAUGCCUGAAAAGCUGGAAAAGACUCGUUGGCGAGCACCAAAGCGUUCAACUUUUUGGUACAACGACAAAUUAAAGUGUUAUUGUCUUCCAUUUUUGGGUGCUGAUAAAAGCAUUGUUCAACGCUCACAGUAUUUUGAUGCUCAAAUGGACAAAAAAUUUCCGGCAAUGAUAGAGACUUACAUUUGUGUCAAAAGCGGGUUUUGGGCUCUAGCAUUAUUGGCGUGGCUAAUGAUCUUUCAAAUUGCGGUCAAAUUUAGUUGGACUCGUAACAUUCUUCAAAAAUAUCCGGACAUUUGUUCUGCCUAUAUGUUUAAGAAUAGUGGACCGACACGUCAACAAGCGGAAGAGGCAACAUUUGAAUAUUGGUUCUUUGGCACAGGUUGGAAUGAAACAACAAUUCCACCGCCUGUUGAAGAACAACCAAACAAGAAAGUUGUUGUUCGUUGUGAUGGACCUGAUGCUGGCUACAUUGCAACUUCUGGCUGUGUUUUGUCGUGUGCAUUGACUAUUCUUUCUGAUGCUGACAAUAUGCCAAAACCUGGUGGAGUUUUUACUUCAGCAGCAGCAUUUAAGAAUACCAAAAUUUAUGACCGUCUAGCUUCUUUUGGAAUUGUUUUUCGUACAGUUCCGGAGAUGGCUUCUACUUAG